UGUGUAGAACUGUGUAGGACUGACUUUUAAUAUUAAUAUAAAUCGGACGUUCAAUAAAUUGGAAUUGGUUAAAUAUUUUUUUGGCUCUUGGCCAAAUUUUACUGCUGUCAAAGUUUCACUCAGGUCCAAUUUAUGCUCAGUCUCAGAACUAUCAACGCGCGCUCGUUUUACAGAGCCACACGAGCCACAGUUACCUGGAACUGCUAUUAUCACAAUACAAUUAGAAAUAUGAAAUUUGUUAAACUAUCUCACACAGGUGAUUUUAUGCCUACACUUGGCUUAGGAACAUGGCAGGCUGAGCCACAUGUUCUAAAGUUUGCAGUUAGUACUGCAUUAGAAUUAGGAUACAGACAUAUUGAUACAGCAUUUAAUUAUAACAAUGAAGAAGCAAUUGGUAGUGCAAUUUCAGAAUGGAUAGAUGCAGGAAAAGGUGUACGGUCUGACUUGUUUAUAACAACCAAGCUACCACAUGUAGGCAAUAGGGCAUCAGAUGUGGAAAAGUUUCUAAAUAUACAGCUGAAGCGACUGCAGACUCCUUACGUGGACUUGUAUCUAAUACAUGUGCCUUUCGGUUUCAAAUGUGAUGAGGCUACAUUAACGCCUAAGGUUGGCGGCGAUGGGUCCUAUGAGUUAGACAUGGACACAGACCAUAUUGCCAUAUGGAAGAAAUUGGAAGAAUGCCAAGAAGCAGGUCUCAUUCGCAACAUUGGUUUAUCUAAUUUUAAUGAGGAACAAAUAUAUGAAAUUAUGAAGUCUGCUAGAGUUAAACCACAAGUCUUGCAAGUAGAACUUCAUACGUAUUUCCAGCAAAAUGAUUUGCGCAACUUUUGUAUGGAGAAUGAUAUUGUUUUAACAGCUUAUGCUCCUCUUGGCAGUCCAGGAGCAAAGACACAUUUUGUUACCAAGUAUAAAUACAGCCCCAGCGUCUUUCCCGAUUUGAUGCAGGUUCCUGAAGUGUUGACAAUGGCAAAAAAAUACGGAAAAACGCCUGCCCAAAUAUUGCUGCACUUUUUAGUACAACAGAAAAUUGUUGUCAUACCAAAGAGUACCAACACAUCCAGAAUUAAGGAAAACAUGGACCUUUACGAUUUCGAGUUAACACAAGAUGAUAUGCACACUCUAUAUCGAUUGGAUAAAGGGGAAAAAGGAAGGAUUUUCAACUUCCUAUUCUGGAAAGGUGUGGAGAAUCAUCCAGAGUAUCCGUUUAAGCAAGUCAAAGAGAAGAUAUCUGCUGAGAAUAUUUAAGACGAAGUAAAUUUCACCAUUCUUUUCUAGUCAAAUGAUACCUAUUGUGCUUCAGAAGUUUGCUAUCAUAUCACAAAAUGCUUUAGGCUUUAGUAUUUAAUGUGUUGAUAUCAAACUGCCUUAGCUUUAAAAAGAAUUGAUCAGUUAUAAACUGAUUUAAACUUAUUAUUACGUACUUAUAUUACAUUACCACCUAUUCUUUGCUGUAAGCGGGAUUAUGUUAACAAUAAAUACAAGUUAAUGAAAACUUGAA